AUGAACUGGUCAGCAUUCAGGGACCUCCUCAAAGGGGUCAACGAGUACUCCACAGCCUUCGGCCGCAUCUGGCUCUCCCUCAUCUUCAUCUUCCGCCUGUUGGUCUACGUGGUGGCGGCUGAGCGGGUCUGGAGCGACGACCACAAGGACUUUGACUGCAACACGGAACAGCCAGGCUGCAUUAAUGUUUGCUUUGACCACUUCUUCCCUGUCUCCCACAUUCGCCUCUGGGCCCUGCAGCUCAUUCUGGUGACCUGUCCAUCCCUCCUGGUCAUCAUGCACGUGGCCUACCGGGAGGCCAAGGAGCAGAAGCUGCGUGAAGCCAGCGGGGACAGCUACCGCCACAUCUACACCAACCCGGGCAAGAAGCGAGGGGGACUGUGGUGGACGUACCUGCUCAGCCUCAUCUUCAAGGCUGGUGUGGACAUGGUCUUCCUCUACAUCUUCUACCGCUUCUACAGGAACUACACCCUGCCCCGGGUGGUGAAGUGUGAGCUGCUCCCCUGCCCCAAUGUGGUGGAUUGCUUCAUCUCCCGGCCCACCGAGAAGAACAUCUUCACCCUCUUCAUGGUGGUCACCACCUGCAUCUGUAUCAUGCUGAGCCUCAUCGAGGCUUCCUACUUG